CGGGGCGGGGGCGGGGGCGAGAGGCCGGGCGCCUGAGCUCUGCCGGCGCGGCUCCGGGGCCAGGCUGCGUCACCCAGUUGCACAGUCCGGGAAGUCGAAGGUUAGUUGCAAAGGAAUCGUGAAGAGUAAUAAUACUAAUGACCGGGAAAAAUGAUUGCGGGCGAAUGAAAUGUUUGACCAAGUUUGGUCCUCAGUAUAUUUUAGAUGCUCUAAAUCCGUGCCCCACCCCCGCCCCCGUCCCUGUCCCGGCUGCGCUCGCCUGGGCGCCCGUGUUUGGGCAGCCAGUUUGCACUCUUCCCUCGUCUGUCCAGCGUGGGAUUUCUUGGGGGACACUCCCUGACCCCGCAUGUCCCCUGGCUUGGCGAAAGGGACGGGGCCCCAGUUCUCAGUGUUGGCAUUCGAGACUCCCUACAUACCCACCAGCCCCACCUGCCCCGCAGUGUCCUCGUCUCCGCGGCACCCGGAUGCGUCCCCUGUGGGGAGCACUUUGGAAUUGUCUGUUGGUGAGGAGGGGCCUGCCUCUCCAGGCAUCACAUACCCUCCAGAGGAGCUGCGGGGACGGCCGUGGAGUGCGGACGCUGCACAGCAAGGUCACGGCGACCAGACGAAGGGAUCCUGAAGCUGCUGCAGGAGACGCAGGAAGUCGCCGCCCCCGCAGGGCGCCGGCGCCCCGGAGCUCUUGACAUCGCAGGGCAGCGUCUUCAACACUAUGAAGAACGCUCAGCUUUCCUUAUUGAGCCGAAACCUUCGUCCCCAAACGUCUCUGCCCGCCUCUGGGUGCCAAGCCUGGCAAGAUCGUUGUUCCUCCGGAGCUGGAGAAGCUGGGGCUCGGCGACAGCGUGGACCUGCAUGUGUAUGAGAUUCCAGUUGAGUACAAGACGGUGCAGAGGCUCAUCCCCGCCCUGUGGGAGAAGCACAGCCCACAGGUGAGCAGGGCGGAGGCGGGUGCUUCCUCAUCAGGACCUGCAGCUGGUGGUACAUGUGGGGGUGUCAGGAAUGGCGACCACAGUCACGCUGGAGAAGUGUGGGCACAACAAGGGCUACAAGGGGCUGGACAACUGCCGCUUCUGCCCCGGCUCCCAGUGCUGCGUGGAGGAUGGGCCUGAAAGCAUUGACUCCAUCAUCGACAUGGAUGCUGUAUGUCAGAGGGUCACUACGCUGGGCCUGGAUGUAUCGGUGACCAUCUCACAAGAUGCUGGCAGGUACCUCUGCGACUUCACCUACUACACCUCCCUGUACCAGAGCCACGGCCGCUCCGCCUUCGUCCACGUGCCUCCACUGGGCAAGCCGUACAACGCAGACCAGCUGGGCAGGGCACUGCAGGCCAUCAUCGAGGAGAUGCUGGAUGUCCUGGAGCAGUCGGAAGGCAAACUCAGUUGUCGCCACAAACACUGAGAGCCACUCAGGCCUCCCAGGACCUGGUGCCACUGGGGACCCGGGGAGACGUCUGCCCGCGGGGCCUGGCCAGGGAGGCCCAGCUCCUCAGCUGAGAUCGGAUUUGGAUCACAUGUCCCCACUGACAUGCCUCUGCUCCCUCUUUCUCUGUGCAGCUGCCGUUGAUUUGAAGGAGGCAGCUGCAGAUGUUUGCUCUAUUCCCCUUUGCUUCUGGGGACGCGGCUGUGACGGCUGCUGGUGGGUCCUGAUUUCCUCAGAGAGCCCUGGUCGGGUGGGUGUCACGCUGGGAUCCCACGGCUGGGCCGCCUGUGCACUUUUCCAAGUCUCUGGCGAAGGGUUCCAGACUCCCUCUGCCUGGGCUGGCUUUUCCCAAACUUAAAAGCUUCUCGAGCCCCUGCCCUCAAGCCGGUCCGACCGCCUGGACAGCCCCGGAAAGCACAGCCUUGGCUGUGGCGUGGCUUUCUUUCUCUCUUCUUCUCUUUUCAAAACAAUAGUGCUAGUUUGGGCACAGAGUAAUUUAUAUUCCCUUUGGUUCAAAAGCAAGCUUCAGCCAACAACAGCAGUGUCUUUUCUUUUUCAACAGUGGGACGCAACCCCUCUUGCCUCCUGCCCUAACCCUGAGCUGCAUCUUUGUGGUGGGGCUGAUGUGGAGGUCCGGCUGGGGCUGCCGCCCGUGGGAGGGCGAGCUGCUGCCCCAGGUGGCGGAGGGGGCGGCUGACCCUCUGUGCACCCAAGCGCCCCUGGCCUGCGGAGCUGCCGCUGCCGGGAAGGCAGACCUUGUCAUUGCGAUGUGCGCAUGGAUUUUUUUAAUGUGUAAAAAUUUGUAGCAGCUGCAAACCCACCCCGCAUCGGGCCUGGGUUUUCACAGUCUUGAUGCUGGGGAUCAGCUUCUUGUGCUCCGUCACUGGGGGCCCAAAAUGGGGUUUGGGGGCUGGUGUUUGCUGGGCUGCGUUGUGCUGGCGUCCGAGCAGAGGGCGGCGGGGCAGCCGGCCGGCCUUUGUGUAGACGGUUUUGGAGGCGCGCCCAGGACUCAGGAGUAAAUGUUUAUCUCCCUCCCUGCUGACUUUGAACUCACCAGCCAGGGAUGAGAGUGACGUCCCCCGGGGGACGAAGCCCAACUGGGCCCUGACCCCGCCGGCCGGCCGCGCUGCCGGGAGGCGCGGAGGAGGGCGUGCGCUCUGCGGUCCUCUUGUUUCCGUAGGCCGCGCAGUGGCAGCGUUUCCCUAAGGGCAAGGCUGCGGGAAUCGGGAAUCGGAGGUCAUGUUGGGUCGCCUGGUGUUUCCCGGCAUGCAGUUCUUUUUGAACAGCUGAGAUCUUUGUUUUCUUAAACAUCCACCCUCUCUCCCCCUGCUCGAUGGCCGGGGUGGCUCCUGCCUCUGCUGAGCUGCUGUGUCACUUGGGAACCGGGUGGAUGGGCGUCUGAGUUAAACACAUUUUCUGAGUCCUGGGCUUUCUCUGGAGGGGGAAAGUGGGUGCAGGUGGGGACUUGGGGUCAGCGCUUGGCAGUGGUGUGGACUGUGGCCAGGAGGUUAAAAUGACCUGGACUCUGCUCCCUUUUCCGUGCCAGCCCUCCUUCUGCUGGAAACGCCCUCCCCAGGUCUCCAGUUGGGGUUUGCAGUCUCCUGAGAAAUCCGCAGUGUGAGUUGUCAUUGCAUCCGCUUGCUCAGCCAGCCUCUGCCAGCAGAGGUUGUGACUCUUUUGAAUGUGGGGAGCUCAAGGUCCAGGGAUCGCCUAGAGCUCCUCUUCAGAACAACAUCAAGCUCCAUGUAGCUCUGUUUCCCAAAGGUCUGACCUGCCAGGCUCUGAGGAGAAAAUGGAUCUAGGCAAGAUGCGGGGCUGGAGGUGAGCAGGUCUGAGCUUAGCUGGGCACCAGCUGGAACCCAGACAUGCCACCCCUAAACUUCACAUUUAUCUUUCUUUUGUCCUCAGCCCACCUCUCUGUUUAAAGGACCAUGGGAGUUAGCAACUUAAAGCUAUAACUGGUUGUCCGACCA